AUGGAAGGACUCUAUGUUCCUGCUUUCAAGAGGAAGCAAGAGGAGAAGACGAUCGAUGUGGAGCGUGAAUCAUGGGAUGAGCUCCGGAGAAGGAUCAACGGACUGGUGAACAAGGUAAACGCCAGUAAUCUGAAUCAUGUAGUUUUGGAACUCUUGGAAGAGAAUCUGAUUAGAGGAAGAGGUCUCUUGUGUAGAUCAUGCAUGAAAUCUCAGAUGGCUUCUCCUGUUUUCUCCGACGUGAUCGCCGCUUUGAUCGCCGUCGUAAACUCAAGAUUCCCUUCGGUUGGUGAUCUGCUGUUGAGAAGACUGGUUUUACAGAUCCGUAGGGCUUACGAACGCAACGACAAGCCUCUGUUCUUAGCCGUCGUUAGAUUCCUCGCGCAUCUCGUGAAUCAGCGAGUUGCUGGCGAGACUAUAGCCCUCGAGCUUCUCCACAUGCUUCUUGGCGAGCCCACGGAAGACGCUCUCGAGGUCGCUGUUGCGUUUGUUACAGAGUGUGGAGCCACGCUUCAUGACGUGUCUCCGAGAGCCUUUGACAUAGUUUUCGACAGCUUUCGAGGGAUUCUUCACCAAGGUGGUGUGGAGUACAGAUCUCAAUGCUUGAUUGAGUCUUUGAUGGCUCUUAGGAGAUCUAACUUCGAGGGUCAUCCAGCGAUUCGUCCUCAGUUAGAUAUCAUUGUGGAUUCUGAGAAAGUGACGCAUGAGAUGUCUCUGCUUGAUGAAUUCGAUUCUGAGACUUCCCUUGACGUCUUCAAGCACGACCCUGAGUUCCAACAGAACGAGAAGAAGUACGAGCAACUCAAAAGGGAGAUACUUGGAGAGGAAGAUACAAGCGAACAAGAAGAAGAAGAAGAAGUGAUACAAGAUCAUACAGAAACUGAUCUUGUCAACCUCAGGAGGACGAUUUAUCUAACAGUAAUGUCAAGUCUUAACUUCGAGGAAGCAGCGCAUAAACUUUCCCAAAUCAGACUCGAAGCAGGUCAGGAGAUGGAGCUAUGCGUCAUGAUCCUCGGAUGUUGCACGGAGGAGAGAACUUAUCGGUCCUUCUAUGGUCACUUAGCACAGAGGUUCUGCCUAAGAAGCAAAAGUUACAGAGAAUGUUUCGAGAAUCUGUUGGUGGAGCAUUACGCAACAGUCCACCGGCUUGACACGAAUAAGCUGAGGAGUGUGGCGAUGUUCUUUGCGCAUCUGCUUGCCACUGAUGCUCUUCCGUGGCAUGUCCUUGCCUAUGUGCGGUUGACAGAGGAAGACACAACUUCGUCCUCUCGUAUCUUUGUCAAGAUUCUUUUCCAAGAACUCUCUGAGCAACUGGGAAUAAGGGCUCUGAAUGAAAAGCUUCAGGAUCCAAUCAUGGAGAAGAGUUUGGAGUCAAUCUUUCCAAAGGACAACCCUAAGAACAUAAGGUUCUCAAUCAACUUCUUCACCUCCAUUGGCCUUGGGGGUAUAACUGAAAAACUCAGGCAGCUCCUGGCCAAGUCACAGUGA